GUAGGGUGGCGGGAGCGGAGCGGGAUGGCCACGGCGGCCUCUAACCCCUACCUGCCGGGGAACAGCCUGCUCGCGGCCGGCUCCAUCGUCCACUCGGACGCGGCGGGGGCCGGCGGCGGCGGGGGCGGCGGCGGCGGCGGCGGCGGCGGGGCGGGCGGCGGCGGCGGCGGCAUGCCGCCCGGCAGCGCCGCCGUGACCUCGGGUGCCUACCGGGGGGACCCGGCCUCCGUCAAGAUGGUGCAGAGCGACUUCAUGCAGGGGGCCAUGGCCGCCAGCAACGGCGGCCAUAUGCUGAGCCACGCGCACCAGUGGGUGACGGCCCUGCCCCACGCCGCCGCCGCCGCCGCGGCCGCCGCCGCCGCCGCCGUGGAGGCGAGCUCGCCGUGGUCCGGCAGCGCCGUGGGAAUGGCCGGCAGCCCCCAGCAGCCGCCGCCGCCGCCGCCGCCGCCGCCGCCCCAGGGCCCCGACGUGAAGGGCGGCGCGGGGCGCGACGAUCUGCACGCGGGCACCGCUCUGCACCACCGCGGGCCGCCGCACCUCGGGCCGCCGCCGCCGCCGCCGCCGCACCAGGGCCACCCCGGGGGCUGGGGGGCCGCCGCCGCCGCCGCCGCCGCUGCCGCCGCCGCCGCCGCCGCCGCGCACCUCCCGUCCAUGGCUGGGGGCCAGCAGCCGCCGCCGCAGAGCCUGCUCUACUCGCAGCCCGGGGGCUUCACGGUGAACGGCAUGCUGAGCGCGCCCCCGGGGCCGGGCGGCGGCGGUGGCGGCGGCGCGGGCGGCGGCGCCCAGAGCCUGGUGCACCCGGGGCUGGUGCGCGGAGACACUCCCGACCUGGCCGAGCACCACCAUCACCACCACCACCACGCGCACGCGCACCCGCCGCACCCGCACCACGCGCAGGGACCCCCGCACCACGGCGGCGGCGGCGGCGCGGGGCCCGGACUCAACAGCCACGACCCGCACUCGGACGAGGACACGCCGACGUCCGACGACCUAGAACAGUUCGCCAAGCAGUUCAAGCAGCGGCGCAUCAAGCUGGGCUUCACGCAGGCCGACGUGGGGCUGGCGCUGGGCACCCUGUACGGCAACGUGUUCUCGCAGACCACCAUCUGCCGCUUCGAGGCCCUGCAGCUGAGCUUCAAGAACAUGUGCAAGCUCAAGCCGCUGCUGAACAAGUGGCUGGAGGAGGCGGACUCGAGCACCGGCAGCCCCACGAGCAUCGACAAGAUCGCGGCGCAGGGCCGCAAGCGCAAGAAGCGGACCUCCAUCGAGGUGAGCGUCAAGGGCGCGCUCGAGAGCCACUUUCUCAAGUGCCCCAAGCCCUCUGCGCAGGAGAUCACCAACCUGGCCGACAGCCUGCAGCUCGAGAAGGAGGUGGUGCGGGUCUGGUUCUGCAACCGGCGCCAGAAGGAGAAGCGCAUGACGCCGCCCGGGAUCCAGCAGCAGACGCCUGACGACGUCUACUCGCAGGUGGGCACCGUGAGCGCCGACACGCCGCCGCCGCACCACGGGCUGCAGACAAGCGUGCAGUGAAGGCCCGGGCGCAGCGCG